AUGGCUAGUAACAACAACAACAACCCUCAUGAGAAUCUCUCAGACCAAACACCUUCUGAUGACUUCUUCGAGCAAAUCCUUGGUCUCCCCAACUUCUCUGCCUCUUCAUCCGACGGUGGGUUAGGCGGAGGAGGAGGAGCACCGCCGAUGAUGCUGCAGUUAGGUUCCGGCGAGGAAGGUGGAGGUCAUCACAUGGGUGGGUUAGGACCAAGUGGGUUUCAUAACCAGAUGUUUCCUCUAGGUUUGAGUCUUGACCAAGGGAAAGGACAUAACUUUAUUAGACCUGAAGGUGGUCUUGCAAGUGGUGGGAAACGUUUCUCUGAUGACGUCAUGAAACCUGUUUUUCAUGGGCAACCAAUGCAACAGCCAGCACCAGUGGCGCCACAUCAGCCUACUUCAAUCCGGCCUAGGGUUCGAGCUAGGCGUGGUCAAGCUACUGAUCCACAUAGCAUAGCUGAAAGGCUUCGUAGGGAAAGAAUAGCGGAACGGAUCAGGGCGUUGCAAGAACUUGUACCUACUGUUAACAAGACAGACAGAGCUGCUAUGAUUGAUGAGAUUGUGGACUAUGUAAAGUUUCUCAGGCUCCAAGUUAAGGUUUUGAGCAUGAGUCGUCUUGGUGGAGCCGGUGCAGUUGCUCCACUUGUUACUGACAUGCCUUUGUCAUCAUCAGUUGAGGAUGAAACUAGUGACGGUGGAAGAACACCGCAACCUGCGUGGGAGAAAUGGUCUAACGAUGGCACUGAACGUCAAGUAGCUAAACUGAUGGAAGAAAAUGUUGGAGCAGCGAUGCAGCUUCUUCAAUCUAAGGCGCUUUGUAUGAUGCCAAUCUCAUUGGCUAUGGCUAUCUACCAUUCUCAGCCUCCAGAUACAUCGUCGGUGGUCAAGCCUGAGACUAAUCCUCCUCCACCUUAGGAUUUUUUAGUGGAAGUGUGGGUUUGUACAGCAAUCCAACAUGGCUUUUGCUUUCUACUGCUGCUCAUGGAUAUGUUGUCUUGCUGUUUCAUCUCGCUCCCACAACAUCCACUUGUUUGGUCUGAUUGAAUAAAAGGAAAAAGGCUUUGGAGAUGGAAUCAAUGUAGGAUUUGCAGUAGAAGUAGAAGGGAGGAUUUGUCAAAAAGCUCACUUGAUUAAAUAUGAUUUGUUAUCAUUAUUUUCUAGGUGGACUUUGAUGAAAGCAGCUUUAUGUUUUCAUGACUUUAGUGGGAGGUUGAGGAAGAGCUUGAAAGGGUAUUUUAGUAGUAGUAGUGGUAAGUGUGUGGGACCUUGUUGAAUUUUAUGUACACAUUGGAUGAAAAAUAAAAGUAUUUGAUUAUGCUAAGUUAACCGUGUAAUAUUGUUAUUUAUUCUGUAUGAAUUGGAGUGAUGAAGUAACCCAAAAACAAUGUUGUUAGUGUCCA